AUGCAGGGCGGAAGACCUGGGAGAGACAGUUUCUCUGGCUUUGGUGAUCCAUUUGCAGGAUUUGGGGGGCUAAGGAUGCAUGGUAGCCUGAUUUCUAGCAUUUUUGGCGGGAGAGAUCCCUUUGACGACCCCUUCUUCACUCAGCCUUUUGGUGCCAUGAUGGGCCCAAACCUUUUGGGUCAAAGCAUGUUUGGUGCAAGAGGGAAUCCUUUUGGAGAUCUCACUUAUGGAGGGUUCUUAGAAGACCCGGCACCUCGGCCUAAAAGGUCCAGAGGGCCAAUUAUUGAGGAGCUUCCCUCUGAUGAUGAAGAACAGAAUGGGACAGAUGGUUUUGAGAAGGAAGAGAAUGCAAGAAAACGUUACAGUCUUGGAAAAGAACCAUAUAUUGAGGAGCCAGAAGAAGAAAUGAAAGGUGACGUGGCUUGUGCUGUGUGGAGAACACUGAUUUGUAAAUGUCUAUUUUUUAGCUCCUGUGGCAGUAAUAUUUACAUUUUCCUUCAGGUAAGAAAAUCAGUCAUGUGUGGCAGGGAAUGGAGUACAAGAGGACCAGUUCAUCUAAGCCUCAGACUAGCACUUACAGUUUCCACAGCUCCACUGUUACUUACAGUGGUCCUGGCGGUGCUUACUAUACCGCAUCUACCACAAGGAGGACUGGGGGCGAUGGAGUAUGUGUAUUUGUGGGAUAAAUCGUGUCUAAUUUCCAUCCACAUAUUUAUUCUCUUUUUUGUGCUUGUAUUAUUGUUAAAUAGGUAACAGUGGAAGAGAACAAGGAAGCAGAUAAAACCAAAGGCAAAGCCACUCACAGAAUUUUUAGAGGGCUUGGAGACAAGGUCCGUGCUAGUUAUCUGAUACUUAAGGAGGACCCUCCUGAUUGUUCUAUUUUUGUUCUUUCGUUGUCCACCACGUGCUCUAAUGACCGAUCAAACUCUACUGGCCUGUAGUAUGCUAGCUUUGGCAUUAAGCUGUUGCCCACUUCUUUUUUAAUGCAGGGACAUUCAGUCACAAGAAAGCUUAAUUCAGAUGAGAGAGUUAAUACGGUUCAAACAUUGCAUAACCUGAAUGAAGGUAUGCCUCAUAUUUUGUAAUGAUUUUUCCAUCUAUGCUUCCCGGAACUUCUUUGCAUGAUCUGGUGACAUUUCCAGAUGAGCUGGCUGGUUUUGCGGAAGCAUGGAAAGGGAGCGCAAAGAGACAUUUACCCGGAUGGGACCAAAGUUUAGACAUGUUACAUGAUGGAACUAGAGGUAAACGCUUGGAAAAGAAUUCAUUCUAUUGGCUAUUGCUUUGUUGUUUUGCGAUGCUUCCCAUCAGAAUUAUAUUUGCAUCUCUCUGGCACCUGUAUCAAAGACAAAAACUUAUAGGGUAUUCUACUUACAGAAACUGUUGGGCUGACACUCGUAAAAUGUGACUUUAGUUUGCCACUUUGGCAAAAUUUCCAUAGAGAUGUGAAGAACGUUUUUUUCCGUUCUCCACCAUAAAGACCAUGACCCAACACUAGAAUUUCGAAGGGAAUUUAUUUGAAAUAUCCUGGACGAAUUAAAGGCAAGAUUGAUGAAUUUAUAUUAACUAAAUACUUGAUUUAUUUUAUAUGAUUGAAAUCGCCACUUCCACCACAAGUUUAAUGUUUCCAAUUAUUUGUGCUGUUAAACUAUCGCUCUUUGAUCUACCAAGCUCUCAAAAUGCAUUAGACCCUCGGUUUUUAUGUGGGCCUAUUGUGAUCCCAAAUGUGCUCUUGUGAGAAGUUGGGUACUAAUAUUUCCUGUGCACCAUCAAGGUUGACAUGUAGUGUUUGAACGAAAUGGGCUGAAGUUUGUUUAGGAUAGUCUUCAUUUUCAUUUGGUAUCCAAAGAGUCCACGCAGGAGUGGACGAAAACUCCCGAACUUUAUACUCAGUGGAUGCACAUUUUAUCCCACGUGAUGCUGUUAACUAGAUUUCAUUACUAGUUUGCAUUCUAGGUGCGGUAAAUUUACUUGUUAUCUAUUUUUUUCGAGAGAUAUUAUGGAAGUAAUAGUGGAAGUAGAGUUUUUUUUCUGCAGAAGUAAAAGAAGAUAUCUUGCCAGCAAUUUAUGGUGAUCUUCCACGAUAAUCCUUUACCCCAAGUCCCUUGUUUUCUUCACAAACGAAGGAAUUACCUGUCACCGUCCCCCUGUAGACAUGCCAUCAUUGUAAAAAUGCUGCUUUCAUUGUUGAAUAGUUCCUUAGAUCUGAUCUCAGUUUUCUUAAGGUCACAUCAAAAGGCCAAAUCUAAGUUCAUGACCUUAUCGAUUGGACUUUUAAAUGGAACACUCUGUUUCCUUUUAGCCUACAUCAGUCUUCCCAAACCCUCGUGUUUAUCUGCCUCAUGAGAACUAUUGAAGCAGGCAGCAAUAUUUCCCCGACAGUUCAUAUCAGUGGUUCUGCCCCUGCAGUACAUAGAUAUAUGUGAGGCCAUUCAGUGUAUGCCCAUCAAGAGACUACUUAGAUGAGGCUUCAUGUUACAGGUCCUUUUUGAAUUUCCCGUCAGGUGGUGUCGUGACCCAUUAGAAACCCAAACUUGCAACAUCAUCUUGACAAGGAGGCCAACCACCUCCAGCCACUGGAAUUUCAGGUCGUUGAAGUCGGCCUCUAUUAAAGCGAGUAGUGGUAAAACAUUGUAA